CUGUGUACAAAGCAUCGCGAGUGUCAUUUCGGAAUAAUUGCGUUUUUCUCAAAGAAAAUUCUUUUUGCAAUUUAAAAUAUGUAAUUUUACAACGUUAAGUAUUCAUUUAGGUUUGACGGUGUGGUGUUAUGUAUGUAUCAAGUACAGUGAUUUGGGCUUUAAUAGCAAAGUGAUUUAAAAAUGGCAAAAAAGUCGGAUAAUACAGGUGGGAAGCUUGUCACCAUUUCUGUUAUUGGAUUAUCUGGUACAGAAAAAGAGAAGGGGCAGCUUGGUAUCGGCAAAUCUUGUCUGUGCAACAGAUUUGUUAGAACUGAUGCGGAUGAUUACAAUGUUGAUCACAUCUCUGUCUUGAGUCAGUCUGACUUCAGCGGCAGAGUGGUAAAUAACGACCACUUUCUGUACUGGGGUGGUGUUCAGAAGGAUAAUGAUGACCAAGAAUAUCGAUUUGAAGUGCUCGAGCAGACGGAGUUCGUUGAUGACGCAUGCUUUCAGCCGUUUAAAGCGGUUGGCAAAACUGAGACAUACGUAAAGCGAUGCGUAGCAACAAAACUGCAGUCCGCUGAGAAACUUAUGUAUGUGUGCAAGAAUCAGCUUGGUAUCGAGAAAGAAUACGAGCAGAAAUUGAUGCCUGAUGGAAAGCUCUCCGUCGACGGGUUCCUUUGUGUGUACGACGUCAGUCUGGUGCCUGGCAGGACUUGGGAGAAGCAGAAUGAAAUAACGGCAGCGAUCCUCCAGAACAUCCUCAAAUUGAAGAAGCCAGUGGUCCUAGUGACAUCAAAAAACGAUGAGUCAUGCGAACAAGGGGUCAGAGAGGCGGAAAGACUGGUUCAAAGGAAGGAGUUCAAGGGUUCCAUUCCAAUCGUGGAAACGUCGAGUCAUGAUAAUGUUAACAUCGACCAGGCUUUUUUUCUAUUGGCGCAAAUGAUUGACAAGUCAAAGGCCAGGAUUAAGGUUGCAAACUACGCUGAAGCAUUACGUAUAAGAAGAGAACAACUCGACUUCGUGACUGAAGCCUUCACUCAACUUAUACGAAUACACGUCCAGGAUCAUAAAGAAAUAUGGUCGGCGGCAAGCAAAAGACUAUGCAUUUACCCAGAAUGGACCAAAUUUGUUCAGCAAUUUGGCAAAGAUGGUACUCAAGUUGUCUUCCGUAGACAUAUACGUCGGUUGAAGGAGGAACGGUCAGCAAAGAAAUUACGCAAGCAGUUAGCGAAAUUGCCGCAAGUCCUGGCUCGGAUGCAGUUGCCGACUGAUGAUUUGCAGGAAAAUGAAUGGGGCGUCGUUGUCCGCCAGAUUAGGUCCCAUCGUGAUUUCACGGUGUACUUCAGUGAGGGGCUUCGCCAUUCUUCAGGUUCCGGCUCCGGCUCUGAAGAGAGUCCUUUACCAACUGACACUACGCUACGGGUUGGAGAAAGAGCUCGAUAUCAGACUUUGGGACAGUCGCAGAAGAUCCCGUAUGAGAUUUUAGAAACGAAUGAGGCAGCCUCUGUUUUCAAGGCUUACCUUCACGAAGCGCAAGAGAAGCAUAGAAAUAUGGAAUGGUGCCAGCAAUUCAAGCGACUUCUAGAAGAGACAGGUUAUGUUACACCUGGCAAGCAGUUAUCGGAAGUCAGGGUUCUGUUGAUGGGGAGAGAAUGCUAUGAGGCACUCUCAGAAGAUCAGCAGCAGCGAGUCUAUGAUGACCAUCAGAGAGAGAUACAAAGACGGGCGAAGCAUAACUUUCAGGAGUUACUUUUGGAACACGCGGACUUAUUCUAUCACUUCAAAAGAAUAUCACCAACGGGGACCAUAACACAAGAAGACAUAAAAGAGAUCACAGAUGUACUACAAGAUGACUUUAGAUAUAAAAUGCUCGAUCGCAUGGAACAAGACCGCAAGUUGAUGUUAUUCCAGCAUUUGGGUUUCGUUCAUUGCCCGAUGAGGGAGCAUUGUCCUGCUGGAGCGAACUGUCUUGACGCGACAUUGCCGGUCAUCUUGAAUACUAGAGUUGGUUCGCUGACGUCAACGGGCGAGUCUCAAUGUCAGGCGGGACCGCCUGCCGCCCCUUGGGCUCUCACCACAGAUACCAACCAAAUUAAUGUCAUCAUAUUAGGGGUCGAAGAUAUCGCGUGUGAAUUCGGUAAGCGCCUAAUAGCGGGAUGUGAUGGCGAUAAACGAGUGAAUGUUGCUUCUCAAGUAUGGAGAGUCGAACAAAAACUCGCCUGUCGAGAGAUUUCUGAGACUCCUAGAGAUUUUGCUCCUAAUGGUUACUUCUGUGUAUAUCAAGACCAAGAAUCGUUUGAAUACAUCAGAAAUUGCGCUGAGAAGACACUCCUGUCCAGUCUAGAGCAAGAAGAUAAAUUGCCUUUUCAGGGUCUUCCAUUAGUUGUGAUAUUUGUUCAAGACGAUGGUAUGGAUAAAAAGGAGUUGGCUCGGUUACAGGAAGAAGGACAAAAUCUUGCUGAUAAUCUACACUGUUCCUAUAUGGAAGCAUCAGUCAACGAAUUGGGAACUGAGGCGUUAACGGCUGACGCAGUGCAAGAGUUGAUUAGGGCGAAUCGCGAAAAGGCUAGUUAUGCCCAUUUGUAUAGAGAUCUUAUUGUGUGCUUCGACGCAGAUAUCCGGAUAAUGGUUUGCAUGUUUUGUGAUGACCCGUAUUCGCCGGAUCGCGUAUUAAGUCCGCUACUUUUACAUCGAGCGUGCUUUCUUACGGGUGACAGAUCGAUUGUCAUUGAAACGUUUCUCGGAGACUCGAAACGUAAAGUCGAGGUUAUUAUAUCAAGUUUUCACGGCGCUAGUCAAUUUAGAGAAGAAUUGAUACAUGGUUUUAUAUUAAUUUACUCUGCGAAACGAAAAGCGAGCUUGGCAACUUUGAACGCAUUCUCAAUGAACAUUCCUAAUCUGCCGAUACAAAUGGUGGCUGUAACGGAUGGAGGAGGUUCGGCAGCAAAUACCUUCUUUGGCACGGAUUUAGGACACGCCCUUAUAACGGACGGAAAUGCAACUGCAGAUCGUCUUGCUGCCCACUUCACUACGUACACGUAUAGCAAUACUGCUGAAACUAAAGCCGCCUUCUACACGCCGUUCUUUAAAGAAGUAUGGGAGCGUAAAGGCGAGAUUGAGCGCGCCUUUCGUAUGGAGCGUCCGGCUGGUCCACACGCCCACAAUUUACCUGAUGUGGCUGCGGCAAGACCGCCCAGAGACCAUGGUUAUCAUCUUGACCAUCAAAUGGAGCACAAAUUGACGAACUCGUUGGACCUGCUUAUUGGACCAGAAUCACGCGCCGAUAUGGAUUCGGAGUACAGUGACACCAUGAAUAAUUCCAAGAACAGAAGUUUCCUGAAAGGUUUCAGCGUAUAUCCUCCUCCAAGUACUCCUCCGGAACCCGCUCCUCCAGACCAUAGAAUGCAUGGGGAUCUAUCACCGGAUCUCAACUGUUCGGAGGAUUCUCUCAGCACCCACGAGUCAGAUGGAGGAGGGUUAUGGCAGCCAGCUGGUUACGGGCCGCGUGCAUUUACUACGGGAAGGGCGCGGCCACACCCACCGCCGCAUAGACCCAGACAUUCACAAACUUUAAAGCAACCACCGGGUAAAUUAGAUAUGAACAACUACACAAUGGUUAGUGACGCGUUGCAGCAUAUCACCAUCGGCCCGGCACCGUCUAGAGAGAGCAGAAAGUCUCAGAGAUCAGGAUGGUCUCACGGUCAACAAUCGGCGCAUCACCAUCACCCGUCAGGUGUCAGCUCCGAGACUGAACUUGAUGCUCAAUAUGCACAGAUAAAGGAAACCAACGAAUAUAUGGAAGCUCCAUCUAUGACCCGGUUAAGGAGGCACAGAAGACAUGAGAAGGCCCCUAUGCAUCAACCAUCAUUUUCAGAAACAGACAGUUCGGGUUCAAGCGAGGCAUCGGGUGGGGCUGCACGCGUACACGCACGUAGACGUCACAACGCACACCAUGCACCUCGCCACUACAAGAAAAGGUCUCUAGGCAAUUUAGUAGCGGUUCAAAGUCCUCGAGUACCGAAGUUAGGUAUGUUCGUGGGACCGCCAGAACUUCCCACCGGCUAUCGGGCGAGAACGCAAGAGGAUAAAGCGAGUGAGUCGAGUGAGGGUAGUUCUGACGGUGAGUCUCGAAGGCCUCGACCUUUGCCCCCACCUCCGCAUCACGAGCCAACGCAUAAGGUAAUCUUUAAGAUUCCCUUUAUCAAUAAAACGAUAUUAGCUGGUGAAUAUCCGUCGUCUGCGCAGGACAACUCGUCGUCAAGUGCGGCGGACUCACGAAGGCGGCCAACAGCCUUCAACAAACAUGAUAGGAGACAUAAGGAGCUAUCAAAGAAAGAUAAAAAGAAUGCAGCGCAAGCGGCCAGUACGGUGUCCGCACAAAAUUGGGGUCCACAAGGUCCACACGGCGUACCUCUCUUUGUGGAGAAAUGCGUUCAGUUCAUUGAGAGAGAGGGUCUCGCGUCUGAAGGAUUGUAUCGAGUUCCUGGGAAUCGCGCACACGUCGAUAUGCUUUUCAAUAAAUUCCGAGAGGAUCCGAACAUAGAUUUAGAUGCUCUAGACAUUCCGGUGAAUGCAGUUGCUACGGCUCUCAAAGAUUUCUUCUCCAAGAAACUGCCGCCUCUUUUAGACGAAGCUAGUAUGGCGCAGUUAGAGGAUAUUGCUGCAAUGCGAGGUUGUAUCGCGGGUGGGGUAGAACUAAAAGACCGCAGUUGGCGUUUGUUGGCUUUGCGAGCGCUACUCAACUCGGCCCUUACUGCGCCAGCCAGGGCCACUUUGGAUUAUCUGCUUAAUCACUUUGCCAGAGUGGCAGAUAACUCGAAGCUAAACUCAAUGGACAGCAAGAACUUGGCAAUAUGCUGGUGGCCAACUCUCCUUCCGGUUCAGUUCAGUGACAUGGGCCGGUUCGAGAUGACCCGGCCUUACCUUGAAGACAUUGUCCAGACUAUGAUUGAUCAGCACCCUUUCCUCUUCAGGGGGCAAGAGGCCUUCGUUAUGGUCUGAGGAACGUGUGAACCCACAAUGCAGGUUGCAUUUGUGAUGGACGACGUGUGACGUCAUCGUCGCGUGAUUUUCGACAUUACCCGUGCGUUAUAAGCAUUAAAGUCGUUUGAAACACGUGGGUUCAGUGGACAGUUUUAUAUCGUUCCAUGCUAGUAAUAUUUGUGUACGCGAUAUUUUUAACAAGUCUCAUAUCAUUACACGGCAUAACUAUUGUAUAACACGUCAAUGGUAUAGAUUUUUUUAAUUAAAUAGCUGAUUUUUGUUCUAUUUUGGGCUAGUUUUGGUCUUAAAUAGAUAAUAAUUUAAUUUUUAUUGUUUCAUAAAAAUAUGAUAUUAAUACUGGUUAGUUGUUAAAACAACGCAUUUUAAAAUCGCGUAUGUCUUAAGACAAUUUUUGGGGUAUUUUUUAUAAUUAUAUAAUAGUUAUGCUGUGAUAUCGGCUUUGUAGGCGGCUUGUUGAUGUCAGCGCUUUUUUAACGAAACGUUUUAUAUGAGAACGGACUGGUUACAGUAUUUUAAAGCAUUUGUAUUAAGAAUUGCACAAAAUAUGUAUUUAAUGGGAUUUUUGUAUCGUAUUUAUUCGUGUAAUCGACGUAACAUCACUUAAGCACAUUCCGUUCAGUCGAAAUAAUAUAAGGUUCCUAUAUUUAACUUACAGAUCUUACAAUAUAAGUUUUCGUUGCGUUGGCUAUCUAUAUGAUUGAUCGUUAUCCGUAAGUUAAAUAUAGGAAACAAGCCGUGCUUUGAGACAAAUUAAGUGUAAUGAGUGAUUGUCUGUCUCUUUGAGAACAGGUUUAGGUGUAAUUAAAUUAUUGUCUCCAAGUACGAGUUUGUAUUGAAAAUUUCUCAUAUUUGUAUGAAGACUUUUCCUACAGGCGUUAUUAUCGAGUUCGUGUAUGUAACAAACGGAAGGUAUACGCGUAUACGAUACCUUUAGUUUUUAUAUAUACGGCAAGAGUAGUAUAUACGAUCUAGUAUAUAAUCACGAAAUGGUCUGAAUGAUAUUCGUUGCUUUUGCAUUUUUGUAUAUUAUUUAAAUAAAUUUUAUUUAUUUUUUUAUAAUUUUAGUGAACAUUACCAUACUCAAAUAUUUAAGGGCUUGCCUGAUUGGAAAAUUUUACAAUGGUUCCUUACAAUUUUGCCACAUUUUGUUAAAUCUUGCCCUAUUUAAUAAGGGAGUUAAUUAUAAAUUUAAUCGGCAUUGUUAGUAAGUAAUUUGACCCUUUAUCACAAUUCACAUCACAGUAACCCAUAAUAUAGUAUUCGAGUUGCUAGCUCAAACCUAAACGAGUCAAAAAUAAAGUUUUUAAUUUGUAUGGUGGCCUCAAAAGGCACAGUUCGCCAAAGAGAUUGAAAAUUAAAAUUGAUUGAAACUUAUUUAAUUUUUUACAUGGCCUAAGGUAUUUUUGUAGACUGAAUAUGUUGUGAUUAGUUCAUGGCAGCUUUUAAAGAGGUUUAUUUUUUCAGUUGUUUGUAUGUGAGGUGAGGUAUUGCAAAUAAAAACAAUUGAAAGUUACGGAAAAUUAAAUUUCUAUGAAAUUGUUAAAAUUCUGACAUUUGCAAUACCUAUUAAAUGGCAGAGAAUCUGAAGGAAAAAUAAUUGAAACACAAUUUAAAGAUUAGGUUUUGAAGUCUUUGAUAACCUUUUGUGAAUUACUUUUUUUAUACGAAUUAGCUCGUGCAAUGAAUUGGAGUUCUAUUUUAUUUAUUUUUAAUUAUAUUUGUGUAGCUACGUUUAUACGCUUUUAUUUUUUAUAUAUUACAAAAUAUAAUCUCUAAACAAAUCAAUGUAACUAUCUUUAAGAUAUUAUAUAGAUGUCUCCAUUAAGCUAAGUUAAGGCAUAUUCAUAUAAGUUUUUAAUAAUUAUCGUAAUAUAUUAUCGGUCCUUGUCGCACGUUCGCUUUUGUGUAUUGUAAAACGUGUGUGCGAAAGGGACGCAUAUAUCAUGUCCAAAAGGGGAAACGAUGUGAGGGAUUUUUUUAUAUUUUACUAUGAAUCGGAAAGAUAUAUAGCCUACUAUUGUUUGAAGUUCAAAUUUCGCUUCUUGGAUCUCAAAAAUAUAAUCCCCUUUUCUUAAGCUAUCCUAUAUAAAUAUGCGAUGUAAAUAUUGUACAUUCAUUAUUUUUUUGCGUAAUUUAUUUAUUUUUUUAUCGAAACGGUGCUCUUCCUCUGAAGUUGACUUAAUCUAUUCACAAUAAAAUGAAAUAUAAAAGUGAUAUUAUUAUGAAAUCUUCGGCGAAAGAGCACCGUAAGAGCCAUGUUUUUGUUAAUUGAUGCAAUAUUUUUAUUUAUUUUUUAUCAGCGCAAGGCUUAACGUGCCAUUGAGGUUUUAGCGAUGUUUGUUUACGUCCAAAAUUCUUUGUAGGUUCUCGAAUGUUCUAUAGUAGAAUCAAUGUACGCUUCGCCGGCUCAUGCUUAACUGGUUACUGAAUAUGUUUUACCGUUUUACAUUUUAAUGAAGUUAUAUUUAUAUGUUUUGAAAAUCAAUUGCUAGUAUUUUAUUUAAAUGUUUUGUUACGGCUGAUAUUCUUUAACCGUUUGUGAUUAGUAAGCUGAGCCGGAAAACCAUUUUGCUAUGUGCGUUUCAAUCAACUGUUAACACAGUUCAAAAGAAUGUGUCAUAUUUUAUAAUAAAUAACCAUCUAUGUAA